GGCGAGCCGACUAGAUCUUCCGGCGUUGUGUAUUGUUUCUGAGCCGCUUGUUGUCUAUUUGGAAACUUCAGCCUUUGGGACUUGAUGCUUUAACUUUUAACAGAAGAAAGAUGGUGCCAUCUGAAUGCAUUUGGUGGCCUUGGUUUUCCCAUCAAUAUAAUUCUUUCAUGGCAAUUGACAGACCGUACCUCUUCCCACCAUGUGACAGGACAUCUGAAUUGCUUUGAUUUUUUUUCAAUUAAUUUCCAGAAAGCUGAAGAACAAGUCUAUUUGUUUAGCUGUGAACUUGCAAUAAGCUGGUACAAUGAGCAAUAGAAGGAAACGUACAGCCCCAGUGCGGGUUGAUGAAGAAACAAAGAAACAGCUAAGCUGGAAUAUGUGUGAUGAUUUGAGGGAUCUCCAUCCGCUUGCUCUAUCAGAUGACAGCAAUAACCCCUCAGUGAUGAGCUCGGGUCUCCCAGGAGACAGAGAGACAAACCUCUUCCUGCCUAGCAGUUUGAAACUGGACGAGCCAUUUAAUGUCUCUGUUGUGACUCAGGUUGAGGGUGGAGAAGGUCUUUUGCCAUCAAGUACCACCACUCAGAUCAGUCUUAUUAUCUCGUCAGGCCACUCGGGUGAAAAGUGGCGAGUACUGCUGGACGAGUUUACCCUCCAACUUCCACCAGGGCAAGCAUUUCCAGAGGAACUGUGGUUUCUUAGCAUCAGCUUGAUGAAGAACAGUACUGAUGAUGAGCUGCGAAUCUCAGUCAACAGGAAAUGUGAUUCUGAGAGUGAUGGCAAUGAAGAAUUCAUGAGCUGUGUAAGAACUUCACUCAAUUACAAUGUGCUGGAGGAUAUAACGUGGCUUCAGAAAAAGAAUGUAAUUGGAUUGUUCCAAAACAAAAUUGAAGACUGUCAAACACUGAAGAUUGGUAUAUAUCUUCUUGAGUCUGGUUUGGGAAAACCAGAGUUCCUGAGUGAAGGAAGCUCCAGGAUGAAAAAGACAAAUGCAUUGAUGCAGAAACUCAUGGAAUAUUUUUAUGACUUAACAAUUCCAGAAAACUCAAACAUCACAGAAGAAGCUGAUAAAGAACGUGAAAGGGAGAACAUUGAAGAGCUUUAUGAUUUUGUACGGCAUGCGCACCAGCAAGAAACUCUGUACAUUGAGAAAGUUCAACACCCUUUGCUUGUCCCAACCCUUCGAGCGUAUCAGUGCCAGGCUGUCAGUUGGAUGCUUCAGAGAGAACAGUGUAGUGCUGGCCCUUCUUCGAGCAAUAAUGCCCUCCAUUUGUUAUGGAAAGAAGUCAAGACAAAGGAUGAGAAGAAAAUAUAUUACAAUCCAUACACUGGCUGCAUUAUUCGUGAGCACCCUCUGCCGAGUGCUGAUUGGCCUGGAGGAAUCCUUGCCGAUGAGAUGGGUCUGGGGAAAACUGUGGAAAUGCUGGCGCUCAUUUUGACUCACACACGUAAAGAAAUGAAACUAGACUCUCUGUCACUCCCAGAGGGGACAUCAGUAAAUUACUACAUGCCGCCUCCACUACCUGCAGCCUCUGACAAAGCAAUUAAGCAGAAAGUUGAUGUCAAACCAAAGGAAAAGGCAAACUAUCCUAGCCUAAGAAAAAUGCUAAUUACUGCAAUAAAGGAAAUGAAGGUGAAGAAGGCAAUUUCUGUCAGUGCAAUGUAUAAAUACAUCACUGCCACCUACAAGUAUGAUAUUCAGCGAAAUCGCCACCUAAUCAGGAAGACUUUAGCCAAACUUAUUGCAGAACAAAUGAUCGAACAAGUGAAAGGUCAUGGAUUAGCUGGGUCUUUUCGAAUAGGAAAGAAUUACAAAGAAGAAGUGAAAAGAAAUGGAUCAGAAAAACAGAAACCAAGCCCUGUGAAAAAUGUGAUGCAUGUAUUUCCAAAUAAUGAUCAAGAGGUGAAAAGAGAAGAAGGCAACAACAUUCUGAAUGCAACAGUCUCUGGCAACCCUUUGACAAAUGAAUCCUUUAUGUGUCUCCUGGAAAAUGAAAAAGGCGAUUGUGGGGAAACUAAGCAACACCAGAAUUUGGAAAAUCUACCAGUAACCUCCCAGAAUUUUGAUUCUAUACAUGAGGUUCCUAAUGGACAGUUCGAGAGGAUUCCAUCUGGACAAGGGAGCAUGGAGAAUACUGGAAUUAAUCCUCUGCAGCUGACAAUAAAUGAUAAAAGUUGCCCAGAUGGCCUCCAGAGAGAUUCUCAAGGAGAUCUGGGUGUACUAAAUCACUCUAAAGCCCCCCUUGCCUGUAACAAUUCAAAGAGUCAUUUUGAAUGUAUCUGUGGAGAAAGUGGACUGGCUGAUUAUAAAGCGCGGGUGCAGUGUCUGAAGUGCCACUUAUGGCAGCAUGCUUCAUGUGUAAAUUAUAAGGAAGAAGACAUAAAGGUCAGGCCGUUCUACUGCCCACACUGUCUUGUCACAAUGCAGCCUGUGCCGACAUCUGCAACCCUCAUCAUCUCACCCAGUUCGAUUUGCCAUCAAUGGGUGGAUGAAAUUAAUAGGCAUGUGAGGUCGUCUUCCAUUUCCAUCUUGAUUUACCAAGGUGUGAAGAGACAUGGCUUUAUCCAACCUCAUGCACUGGCAAAGCAUGAGAUAGUCAUUACAACCUAUGACGUACUCCGAUCAGAGCUAAAUUAUGUCGAUAUUCCCCACAGCAACAGUGAUGAUGGACGCCGAUUACGCAAAGAGAAGCGCUACAUGGCAAUCCCAAGCCCGUUGGUUGCAGUAGAAUGGUGGAGAAUCUGUCUGGAUGAGGCUCAAAUGGUGGAAUGUGCCACUGCCAAGGCUGCAGAAAUGUGUCUACGAUUAAGUGCCAUCAACCGUUGGUGUGUCACAGGAACUCCAGUCCAAAGGAGCUUAGAAGACCUGUAUGGAUUAGUUUUGUUUUUGGGUGUAGACCCAUACUGGGUUAAACACUGGUGGGAGCAACUUCUAUAUCAACCUUACUGCAGGAAGAAUCCAAUUCCAAUGUACACCCUUAUCGCAAAGAUCAUGUGGAGAACGGCAAAAAAAGAUGUGCUUGAUCAGAUCCAGAUCCCACCUCAGACCGAGGAAGUUCACUGGCUACGAUUUUCACCAGUAGAAAGACACUUUUACCAUCGGCAGCAUGAGAUUUGCUCCCAGGAUGCACUGCAAAAGCUGAGGAAGAUUUUCGAUUGGAAUACCAAGUUGAGCAGUCUGGACAGGCGGACAGUUAGUUCCAUUCUGUAUCCCUUGCUGAGAUUAAGACAAGCAUGCUGUCACCCACAGGCUGUACGAGGAGAGUUCCUCCCACUGCAGAAGAGUACCAUGACAAUGGAGGAACUCCUAAAGUCUCUUCAGAAAAAAUGUUGUACAGAAUGUGAAGAGGCUCAUCGGCAGCUAGUGUGUGCUCUUAAUGGAUUGGCUGGCAUUCAUAUUAUCAGAGGUGAAUUUGUAACAGCAGUUGAAUAUUACAGAGAAGUUCUGCGUUCAUCCGAAGAGCAUAAAGGCAAACUUCAAACAGACUCUUUACAGCGCCUCCACGCUACUCACAAUCUUAUUGAGCUCCUGGAGGCAAAUCACCCAGGGAUCCCUCCAACCCUUCGUGAUCACAAGCUUCGGGAAGAAGCUGAACAGCUUAGACAGCAUUACAUGAAUAAAUCAGAUUUGGAAGUUUCUGCCGCACGUCAAGCUUUGCCACCAGUUCAGCAAAACAUCCGUGAACUACAGCGCAAGAUUCGCUCUGGGGCUCCCUGGUGGCUUGGUAUCAUUGAGUGUGUACAGCAGGCUGCUCUGGCUGAUGAGCUUGUGACAAGGGUACGAAAUGAAAUCUCAUGUAACUACAAACAGCAACCUAACAAACUCUCCAUGGCUGAAAAGUUCCAGGAUUGCAGAGGCCUGCAGUUUUUGCUGACUGUGCAAAUGGAAGAAUUGAAGAAAUCACAGAAGACAGUGCAGGACUCUGUUAAGAAUCUGGAGAACCCUCCAUCACAAGAAGAAAUUCGACUCGCCACAGUGUGUCAUCUUCGCCCUGUCCGAUUUCCCCUAAACAAUUGCCAGUUCUGUAAAGCAGAUGAGCUAUUCACAGAGUAUGAAUCCAAGUUGUUCUCGCAUAGUGUUAAGGGGCAGAAAGCAAUCUUCGAAGAGAUGAUUGAAGACGACGAGGGCCUGGUUGACGAACGUUUGCCAACCACAAGUCGUGGGCUGUGGGCUGCAAGUGAGACUGAACGUGCUUUAAAAGCCAUCUUAGCUUUUGGGAAGGCGCACCGAAUUGAUACCUUACUAAUAGAAGAAGGGAACAUCUUUAUGGAACUGUUUGAGUUGUGGAAAAAAGAAUACAAGUUGCUCCAUGAAUAUUGGAUGGCACUACGCAAUCGGGUUUCUGCCAUUGAUGAAUUAGCCAUGGCAACUGAGCGCUUUCAAGUGCGUCUUCCAGAUGAGCCCAAGCCAAAUCUUCCUGUUCUUCAUAUCAUUGAGUCACAUGAGGUGGAACAAAAUCGAAUAAAGCUUCUAAAUGACAAAGCUGUAGCCACAUCACAAUUACAAAAGAAGCUUGGUCAAAUGCUCUACCUCACAAAUUUGGAGAAGUCUCAGGAUCCAUCAACAGGCAGUGUCAAUCCAGAUCCCUGUCCUAUCUGUUCACGGCAAUUAGGGCAGCAGUGGGCUGUACUGACUUGUGGACACUGCUUUUGUAAUGACUGCAUAGCCAUUAUAAUAGAACAGUACAGUAUUGGUGCUCGGCGAAGUGCUAUCAAGUGUGCAAUUUGCAGACAAACUACAGCACACAAAGAAGUCUCUUAUGUAUUCACAACUGAGGCUGCAAGCAAAGAAGACGAAUUUCCCAUUAAGGGUAGCCAUUCUACCAAAGUGGAGGCUGUGCUUAGGACAUUGAAAAAAAUCCAGCGGAAGGAGCCUGAAGCUAAGGCCUUGGUCUUCUCUGCGUGGCAGGAUGUGUUGGAUAUAAUUGGGAAAGCCUUGUUGGACAAUAACAUGGAUUUUGUUCAGAUCAAUGGAUUUCACAGGUUCCAGGAGAAUCUGUCAGCUUUUAAAUACGAUUCCAAGAUCAACAUUUUGCUACUGCCUCUGCAUACAGCAUCGAAUGGCUUAAACAUCAUUGAAGCUACCUAUGUACUGUUGGUGGAACCUAUUUUAAAUCUUGCUCAUGAGCUACAAGCAAUAGGGAGAGUGCAUCGUAUUGGGCAAACAAAGGCAACUGUUGUUCAUAGAUUUCUAAUUAAAGGAACAAUAGAGGAGAGGAUGCAAAGUAUGCUUAAAAGUACUGAGAAAAGUCACAACAAGUCUAUGAUUGUACAGUCGGAAGCAUCUGCCCUGACUGUGGGGGACCUGGCAGAUCUCUUCUCAGAGGAAGAGCGGACUACUGAUGAAUGAACAAGGAUUAUCAAUGUAUACACUGAAGAUGAAUAACAUACGCCCUCUGCUUUAUUACCUUCUAUGGAGUCUGAACAUUAUACAGAAAAGGGCUUGAGCUUCACUUGGACAAUAGGGAAAUGUAAACAGAUCAGAACCAGUGAUGUAAUCAUAUUAAGGCACAAGAAAUUCUACUCGUGUUUAUCAAUAAGCCCAAAUUGUGGAAUGUUAAAUAUAAUAGGGAAUGACUAGUAAGAUGUUCAAUGCUGUGUGAAGGACCAAGGUCAGGUUUGAAACAUUGAAUCAGAAUGGGAACAGUCGAACAAUGAAACAGUUGGCUCAAAGUUUGCUAUAGCGGGACAUUAAUGGCAUCUGCCAUUUGUUAGAUACACUCCUGCAUCAUUCAGCACAAAACACUUCUGUCCACUAAAUUGCUAGAAAUGCAAGCUGAUAAUGGUGUACUAAGAGAAAUAGGGUCCUGAAUGAACAGGGCCUCUGCUUAAUGAAUCGGCUGUAUAACUGGGAAAUAAACAUAGGAAGAAUUGCAGAAGCCAUGUAAAUUAAAAGGUAAAUUCAUUGUUAAAUUAGGUACAAAAGAGAAAUAUAAGGAAAGAAGGAUUAGAUUGAGAGAGAGAAAAAAGGAGGCAAGGAAAGGAAGAAAAAACCUUAAUUUCAAAUAUGCAUUUUUACUAUUUUCUUCAAAUUUGUUACGCUUGAAGGGAUGAGAUUCCACUGGUAUUGGUUAAUUUUGGGUGCCAGAGAAGUAAAUUGGCAGCAAUUACCCCUUAACACAUUAACAGAUAUUUAUGUUUAAAAUCCAUAGAAUCCCUACAGUGUGGAAACAGGCCACUCGGCUCAACAAGUCCAUACCAACCCGCCGAUGAGCAGACCUGUCCCCUAACCCUGCGUUUCCCGUGGCUAACGCACCUAACCUACACAUCCUUGUACACUAUGGGUAAUAUAGCAUGGCCAAUCCACCUAACCUGCACAUCUUUGGACUGUGGGAGGCAAUCGGAC